GCUCUGUUGCACCUGCGCAGAAGAGUGCGUUAAGAUGGAGGUCACUGGAGUCGACGGCUUUGCUGCGACGGUGAUGUUUCUCUGGGAUGAAAUACAUAAAACCUUUAUUUUCAGAGAUUCCAUGGGAUUGUAGUAGGUACUACUCUGCAAUGUCUCUAACAGAAAUCCGAAGUGAGCACGGAUUCGAUGGAAGAGAAUAUGAGAGAUUUCUGCAAGCCAACAACAGAGAAUUCAACGCUCUUUUUGGAUAUCCAAACAAUGCCAUCAAGACCUCAAAAUAUACUAUUUUGAACUUCCUGCCCCUGAACCUAUUUGAACAGUUCCAGAGACUUGCAAAUGCCUAUUUCCUGGUAUUGCUAAUUCUACAGUUGAUUCCCCAGAUCUCCUCCUUGGCAUGGUACACCACUGUGGUACCUCUGGUGGUGGUGCUGUCCAUAACAGGAGUGAAGGACGCCAUCGACGACUUGAAAAGGCACCAAAGUGACAAUCAAGUUAACAACUGUUCUGUUCUGCUGCUGGCAGAUGGCAGGGUGAAGGAGGACAAAUGGAUGAAUGUCCAAGUGGGAGAUAUAAUAAAACUAAAAAAUGACCAGGCUGUCCCUGCAGAUCUACUAUUACUCUCCAGCAGUGAGCCAUACAGUCUGACAUACAUAGAAACAGCAGACCUGGAUGGUGAAACCAACUUAAAAGUGAAGCAGGCCAUCACCAGUACCAGUGACCUGGAAGAUAAUCUGGAGCUGCUUUCUGUCUUUGAUGGAGAAGUGAAGUGUGAUCCUCCCAAUAACAAGUUAGAUAAAUUCACAGGAAUCCUGACCUAUAAGAGGAAAAGCUACCCCCUGGACCAUGACAAGCUGCUGCUCCGUGGCUGCAUCAUCAGGAAUACAGAUUGGUGUUUUGGCCUGGUCAUUUAUACUGGUACGUUUGUUGAAAUAAUAAGACUAGGCAACAGUUUUUAUAUCAAUUGGGAUCGGAAUAUGUUUUAUCAACCAAAGAACACCCCAGCACAGGCGCGUACUACCACACUAAAUGAGGAGCUUGGCCAGGUCAAAUAUUUGUUCUCUGAUAAAACAGGGACAUUGACUCAGAACAUCAUGAUUUUCAACAAGUGUUCUAUCAAUGGAAAGGUCUAUGGUAAUUCCUGUAACAAGGAGGAACUAAGGGAGUCACUACCUGAGAAAGGAAAAGAUAACUUCAAAAAGCUGGCCGGUCCUGCCUUUCCAUUUAAUGACAAGACUUUGGUGGAAGCAGUAAAAAAAGGAGAUUACCGGGUGCACUUGUUUUUCCUCUCCCUCUCAUUAUGUCAUACUGUGAUGUCACAAGAGAAAGUAGAAGGUGAGCUGGUGUACCAGGCUCAGUCCCCAGAUGAAGGUGCCCUGGUCACUGCUGCCAGAAACCUUGGCUUUGUGUUCCGUUCCCGCACGUCUGAGACUAUCACAGUGGUCGAAAUGGGAAAAACCAGAGUCUAUCAGCUGCUGGCUAUUUUGGACUUCAACAAUGUGCGCAAGAGGAUGUCUGUUAUUGUGCGGACUCCUGAAAAUCGGGUAAUAUUGUUCUGCAAGGGAGCAGACACCAUCAUCUGUGAGCUGCUUCAUCGUUCCUGUGUAGCCCUUAAUAAAGUGACCAUGGAACAUUUGGAUGAUUUUGCCAGCGAAGGUCUUCGCACCCUCAUGGUGGCCUACCGAGAGUUGGAUGAUAAAUUCUUCCAGACCUGGAGAAAGAAGCACAAUGAGGCGUGUCUGUCUGUGAAAGAUAGGGAAAUUAAAUUAUCAACUGUUUAUGAAGAGAUCGAGAAAGACUUGAUGCUGUUAGGGGCCACAGGCAUAGAAGACAAACUGCAAGAUGGAGUGCCUGAGACAAUCAUCACCCUGAACAAAGCCAGAAUUAAAAUAUGGGUUUUAACUGGUGAUAAGCAAGAAACUGCCGUGAACAUUGCCUACUCCUGUAACGUAUUUGAGGAUGAAAUGGAUGAGGUAUUUGUGAUUGAAGGCAAGGACAGUGAUACAAUUCUGCAAGAACUCAGGAGAGCAAGGGGAAGGAUGAAACCUGAAUCUCUACUGGAAUCAGACCCAAUCAACAUUUACCUAAAGAGGAAGUCCAAAAGGUCCUUCACAAUGCCUGAGGAGGUGCCCUCUGGCGACUAUGGCUUAAUCAUCAGUGGCUACAGUCUGGCUUAUGCUCUAGAAGGGAACCUGGAGUUGGAACUGCUACGAACAGCGAGCAUGUGCAAGGGGGUAAUCUGCUGCCGGAUGACACCCUUCCAGAAGGCCCAGGUGGUAGAGCUGGUGAAGAGGUACAAGAAGGUGGUGACACUGGCCAUCGGGGAUGGGGCCAAUGACGUCAGCAUGAUCAAAGCUGCCCACAUUGGGGUCGGCAUCAGCGGCCAGGAGGGGAUGCAGGCCAUGCUCAACAGUGACUUUGCCUUCUCCCAGUUCCGCUACCUUCAACGUCUGCUGUUGGUACAUGGCCGCUGGUCUUAUAAUCGCAUGUGCAAAUUUCUCAGCUUCUUCUUUUAUAAGAAUUUUGUCUUCACCUUGGUGCACUUCUGGUAUGCUUUUUUCAACGGAUUCUCUGCACAGGCAGUCUAUGAUACCUGGUUUAUCACCUGCUACAAUUUGAUUUACACCUCCCUCCCUGUCCUGGGCUUGAGUCUAUUUGAUCAGGAUGUGAAUGAAACUUGGAGCCUACAUUUCCCAGAGCUGUAUAUCCCAGGCCAGCACAACCUCUAUUUCAACAAGAAGGAAUUUGUGAAGUGUUUAUUACACGGGAUCUACAGUUCCUUUGUGCUGUUCUUUGUCCCCAUGGGAACAAUUUACAACUCAGCACGCAGUGAUGGAAAGGACAUCUCCGACAUCCAGACCUUUUGCCUGCUAGUACAAACCUCCUUGAUCUGGGUGGUCACAGUGCAGAUUGCCCUGCAGACAACCUACUGGACGAUGAUAAGCCACUUCGUCAUCUGGGGUAGCCUGGGUUUCUACUUUUGCAUCUUAUUCUUCCUGUACAGUGAUGGCUUGUGUCUAAUGUUCCCCACCAUCUUUCAAUUCCUAGGUGUGGCUAGGAACACUAUGAACCAGUCACAAUUGUGGCUGGGCCUUAUCCUCAGUGUGAUCCUCUGUAUAAUUCCUGCAUUUGGGUACCAGUUUCUCCAACCACUAAUUUGGCCUCUCAGUGUGGACAAGGUUUUGGACACAAUUCAUUAUGGCAAGAUACCGCCACCACAAGUUCAAGUCCGGACCAAAGUGAAACACCCAGGCCUGCGACGUUCUGCCUAUGCAUUCUCCCACAAACAGGGCUUUGGGGCCCUCAUCACUUCUGGAAAGACAACAAAGGCCAAGAAAAACAGCUUUCCUCUUAAAAAGUAGAAGCCCUUAAGGAAACCCAAAAACAGUCAGUUAUUGUUCUUCCUCCCUUGUAUACAUGCAAUUUAGAAAGGAGGGAUUAGAGUCCCUGGGAACAGCAUAAACCUGCUCCUCCACUCUCAGGACUGGGACUCAGCCUCUUCAUUCCCCAGAAAGGCUGUGCCCAGGUAAGGCAAGAAGUAAGGAAAGAGUCCUCAGAUAUCUGCCAGAGUUGUAGCAUUUCAAGAAAAAUCAAUCUCAGGCUUCCCUUCCACCAUCCCUCUCAAGUUUUAAUCCAGAAAAGCAAAUGUGGAAGUAGAGGUGGUAGAGGGACAGUGCAGGGAAGGAGAAAAAGAAGACAGGACCUAAGAAUCUUACUUUGGACCCUAUCUCCCAUACCCAGAGCAUAACCUUCCCAGGGGCCCAUAGGAACAUAUUUCCAUCCUAGCACUCUUCUUAGGUUUAUUUGGGAGAUUUAGAGAGAGUAUUUUGAUGGCCCUGGUAGCAAAAGUGGGAGGCAGCUUUGGAGAGUUGGUCUUGAGAAGCCAAAGGAGUUUCUGGACCCCAAAAAAAGAUGUGGUUCUUGCCGGGAUAAGUUGCUGAAGAUUUUGCUUUCUUCCCCUCUCUUUUGACCUCUUUGACCCAAGAACCGAUGCAUGAUCAGACCUCAGAACCAGGAUGGGAAAAAUGGAGAGGAUUUUUUUAGACUUAUGUCUUAGGGGGAUAUAACCAUAAUUGGUGAGCAUCUGUCUUCAUUCCAUAAAAUUAUUUUGAGAAGAAAUUGUAUAUAUUUGGAAUAUUGUUUCUAAGAAGUUUAUGGUAAAAUAAAUUGCAUAUUUUUGAGUGAA